UCGCACCCACAUUCACUGCAUGACUUUGAUAGUGUAAGAUCUGGUUAACUAACACCUGGACGCUCAUCUUCCUGCUGUAAUGGCCAGAGGAAAGAGAUGCAUCUGCAUCUUCACCACCAUGCUGUUAAUAUGUGUUAUAAUCACAGUUAUUAUAUGUGUGAAACGCAGAUAUCAGAAGUCGUGUCCUGAAGGAAGUUUCAGUAAAGCUGCAGUUGCUGCUGACUCAGAAACGUGCUCAGAUAUUGGGCGAGACAUCCUGAAGGAAGGUGGCUCGGCAGCAGAUGCUGCAAUAGCUGCUCUGCUGUGCACAUCAGUUGUAAACCCUCAGAGCAUGGGCAUUGGCGGAGGAGCCAUAUUCACCAUAAUGGGCAAAAAUGGUACAGUGAAAAUCAUAAAUGCCAGAGAAACUGUUCCAAAGGUCUUCAAAGGAGAUUUCUCUAACUGCUCAUUUGAUACUACAGGUAGUCAGUGGAUCGGCGUUCCCAGUGAGAUCCGUGGUUAUGAGCGUGUUCACAAGCUGUACGGUCGUCUGCCCUGGUCCCAUCUGUUCCAGCGCACCAUCCGCCUGGCCAGAGAGGGGGUCAAAAUCUCAAAAAAACUUGCAGAUUAUCUCUCCAAAUUCAAAAUGCCCAUUGCAUGUCAGCUGUUCAGGGAUGCAAAGGGAAACAUGCUGAAGGAAGGAGACAUUGUGAAGUUUGAGAAGCUUGCAGACACCCUGGAGAAGAUAGCAGAGCGUGGAGCAGAUGAGUUCUACACAGGAGAAACAGCCAGAGACCUAAUCAGUGACAUACAGGAAGCAGGUGGUAUUCUCACUCUGGAGGAUCUGCGCUCAGUUGAGGUGUCUGAGUUGGAGCCCUGGAAUAUGUCUCUGGGCGAUUAUACCAUGUACUUCCCCCCUCCACCUUCAGGGGCAGCGUUGGUCAGUUUCAUCCUCAAUGUUAUGGAAGGCUAUAACCUAAACCCAGCAUCUCUGCAGAAGAAAGAAGAGCGUGUGCUGACCUAUCAUCGCUACGUAGAGGCCAUUAAGUUUGCUAAAGGACGGAAGAAGUUCAUGAGAGACUCCAGAUUCAACACUGACAAGGAGGCAUUUGCUACAAUUCAGAAGGAGUUUGCUGAAAACGUUAGAAAGAAGAUCACAGAUAACAGCACCCACGAUGAUCAGUAUUACAGCAUCAGCUCAGAUGAAGAGACACAUGGCACCACACAUCUGUCCGUUCUCGAUGAGGACGGAAUGGCCGUGUCUGUCACCAGCUCCAUCAACUACAUGUUUGGGUGUGGAGAUUUAUCAAAAAAAACAGGCGUCAUCCUCAACAGUCAGAUGACAGACUUCUGCAAGAAAGCAAAGCAGGUACAGGCAGGUGAACGUCCUCCCUCCUCCAUGGCUCCGAUGAUCCUUCGCUCCACGGUUACAAACCACAUUGUGGUCAUCGGAGGAGCAGGAGGAGAUUGGAUGACCACUGCGAUAACCAUGGUACUCAUGAAUCACCUAUGGCUUGAGAAGAGUCUGAACACAUCCAUCGCUGAACCUGUUGUGUAUCUGGACCCCGAAAAUGCGCUUCAGUUUGAGGAGAAUUUCGAUGCGGAUGUCAUCGAGGGUCUUAAAGGACUUGGGCACACAGUUAAAGAAGCAAAGGCUUUCUAUAACGUGGUCAACGGUGUAUCAAAGAAAAAAGAGUGCAUCGAAGCUGUUUCAGAUGCUCGGAAGAUGGGCAAAGCUGCAGGAUACUAACCUCUUCUAUUCAUUUUUCUUGUAUUUUAUUAUUUUGUAUGAGGUUUGUACUAAAAAACAGACAUAAUUCAUUUUAUGUGAGCAUUUUCCAACCACUCUUUUUCCCCUUACAAUUAAACAGACUGUUUUUUUUGUUACUGUUCCUUUAAGACUGAUAUAUGAUAAUAUAUUAUUAGCAGACAGACUACUUAAGUACUGAAACACAGUACUUAAGUAUAUAUGCAGUCAUUUCUUUAAACAGACUUACUUUUUCUGUUAAAUACUGUUUUAUAUAUCUAUAUGAUCACUGUAAUCAGCAGAGCUGACUAUGCGCUGUUUAGAGUCAGUGACACUGACAGAGCUUUUAAAUGAUGUUUACUAAAUAAAGUACUGAAAGGAC